AUGAUGUGCAAAAGUAAGCAUUUCUUCAGAGAUACUGAAUAUUUCAUUUAUGAAUAGGAGAACUCCAUUCAAAUUGGAAAAGUAUUUCUUAUAUACAAAUAGUUAGAAUGAGAAAUAAAUUAAGUACACAAUAUAAUUAGAGUUGUCAACUAUAAUUACUUGGGUUUAUGGAGAUCGAAAUUGUUUCAUUGGAUUCAAAUUUAGAUGGAAAUAGAAGAUGAAAACAAUGAUUUUGGAUUAACAUAAAUGUCUGAAACUUAAAAGCAUUUUUGAUGGAAAAGUCUCAUAUAAUAAUCUUGUCAAAAUGUUUAAUAGUGUAAAAUCCGUCCGAGAGCAAUCAAAUAAUACAGUAAUAUGAGGAUUUUGAAUGUUAUUAUAGAUUCUACUGGUCCACAGCUGUAUUGAUCAAAGACCGUACUAGAUGAAGGUGACACCGAAUAGUAUCAAUUAUAAUAAACUUGUAUUGAUGACAUCUAAUCAUAGGACUUUAUGUUGGAGUUAGAUGUGUUAAGCCUUCAACACAAAAAUAUGAUAUCGGUGUCACAAUAUUUCGUUGAAAAUGAUAAAUUUCAUAUCAUUUUUGAACAUCUAGAAGGAAGGAGCUUGAGGGAGAGGAUGAAUUCGUAAUACAAAAUGAAAAAAGAGGAAAUUAUAGUAGUUUUAAAAGUAGUUAUCAUUUUAUUAAAAACAGUAACUUCUGAGCCUUCUAAUCACCUUGCAUAAUAAGGGAUAUAUCUGUAUGGAGUUGAAUCAGGAUAACAUUUUCAUAUAGAAGGAUGGCCGAAUCAUUUUGACAGAGUUUGGAUAUACUACUAAAUUGGGAGAAAUAAUGAGGACUAAAAGAGGAACAAAAGAUAUUGACAACAUCAACGAUUUGACAUUUCAACUUAACUUAGAUUUGCAUCAAAAUAAUGAGGAAUUCGAUAGAUAAUUUUGGUUUGCGUAAGACAUAUAUUCCCUCGGGGAAUUACUGCAUGAAAUGUAAGACAAAAUAUAUAUAUACAAUAGGUUAACUGGUAAAAGUCUGCAAAAAACGAUCUUUGAUAAAUAUAGUGGAUUUCAAUCCAGUCAAAAUACGAUCUCAACUUUAAGAAAGAGAGUUGGACUUAGGAAAUUAUUGGAUAGGAUGCUAGAACCUGAUCCUCGAAUUAGGAUAUCAGCAGAAUAGGCUCUUUACUUUAUUAAGGAUAUGGAAUUCGGAGAUGAUUCGUUUGUUGACUUUUCUGAUUAAGAUGAAAGGAAUAAUUAUUAGGAAGUUUAUUAAUUUAUUUCAAAAGUAUGUCUUUAGAAUCUCUGA